UGGCCGUCCAAUGCUUGGCAGCAGCAUGGUGGCGAUAAUUCAUGCUGUAUGCUCUGAGGCCGACACCGAUGUGCGGCUCUGGCAAGCUGAGGACGACAGACAUACCCUGCAUCGUUGUCUGAGCGCUGGGAAUUGCGCCAAUGCCGGGCAGAAAGAAGAAAACGUCGCGACCGUCCGGGCCGGUGCAUAGCGACUCGCUUCGGGCAGACAUUGAGGCGCAACGUGUCGAUGCGCAACCGGGCGACGACGGGUUUGACAUCGCAGACGCUCUCCUAGCAAGUUUGGAUGCACGGGACGCUGCAUCUGCAGACAGGCAGAACAACGCUGAAGAAUCUGAGGCUGCGAGUACAGCUUCAGAUGGCAACCGACAAAGCGGGGACGCCUUAUCCGUUUCAGGAGGGCCAGCUUCGCAUGCUCAGGCGCAAGGACGUGCGAGCGGCACCUCCCUUUCUAUCCCAAGCCAAGAUACAGGCGGCUCCCUUUCUCCAUCUACUAAAUCUGAAGCCUCCAAGAACCCAGGUAAACGUAUUUCUCAAGACCUCAAGGCCGCGUCAGGUAGAUUUCUAGACGGAAUUCGGAGUCACAUCCAUGCUGGCACUUCAGCUCCUCACGGCAAUUAUGCUAACUCCCAAGGGUGCGAAGGGUUAUCGAGCGUUUUUCAUGCACGAAGGAAUAGUAAUGCACCUUCGCCAAAAUUCCAAGUUGGAGCGCUUCCGGUAGAUGAGAGCUCUAUAGCGAGUUCCGCUUCACCCUCGCUGCAGCAGUCAGGACUGGGGUCAACAGGCCGCAAGCCGAAUCGUGCUAAAGUGCGGCUGGAGCGCCGUGCUGCAGCUUCCGAAGCAGCACGUCAAGAAGCCGAAAUGGAGCUCAAAUCAAAUGGCGGGAAGCCUGACGAAGCGGCAAUCGAGCGGCGUGGAAUCGACGAGCUGUGCCGUGCCUUAGGAAGGGUAGUGCACGAAGUCGAGCCCGACGGUCAUUGUCUGUAUGCUGCUGUUGCAGACCAGCUGAACAUCCUGCGAGGCCUGGUAUCCAUCACCCACGGCGCACGCCACGCUACAGGCGGAGAUGCGGAAGCGCUCACGUACAAAGAUACAAGGAGAGCCGCCGCAAAGGAGAUGAGAGACAACCCUGAUGACUUUAUGCCUUUCAUCUCAGACUCGGAUGAGAAGAUGGCUGGGAUCUUCAAUUCUGACACAGGGAAAGCCGGCAAUGAUAGUAAAGAUGAGCAAGAUAGAAUUUACUUCUCUUAUUGCGACGCAGUGGAGAACACGGGCGUCUGGGGUGGCCAGCCAGAAAUUCUGGCGCUGUCACGCGCCUUCCGAACGCAGAUCAAGGUAGUACAAGUCGGGUAUCCAACGCUCAACGUUGGCGAGGGAGAGUAUGGCAGCUCAGCGGGAGUCACCGGUGAUUCAGCUGCGUAUAUCAGCUAUCAUCGCAGAAUGUAUGGGCUAGGAGAGCACUAUAACUCACUUCGAAAGAAAGCUUGAAGGCCACAGGUACCUGGGCGAUCGAUUGCAAAGAUGGAAUUUAUAUAGUGACACUUUCAGUGCCUAAUAGUGCUUGGAUAAAUUCGACUGGCCCAUUUCUAGUGCUUAGCUUCAAAAAUGUUC